AAUUUGGAACGCCAUCUGCAGCACUACAAAGAAACAUUUAACGAAAGAAGCCUGUGAAAGAAUCCUAUAGAAAGUAGUCAGAAUCUCCGGUAUCAAAAUCUUUACGUGAUAAUUUGUUCAUAUCUGGAAGUAAAAGAACACAGCUGACAAGAUGUGCGACCGCAAGGCGGUGAUCAAGAAUGCCGACAUGAGCGAAGAGAUGCAGCAAGACGCAGUAGAUUGUGCAACACAAGCGCUCGAGAAAUUUAACAUAGAGAAAGACAUCGCCGCGUAUAUAAAGAAAGAGUUCGACAAGAAGUACAACCCGACGUGGCACUGCAUCGUGGGCCGCAACUUCGGCUCGUAUGUGACGCACGAGACGCGCCAUUUCAUCUACUUCUACCUCGGCCAGGUCGCCAUCCUGCUGUUCAAGAGCGGUUAGAUCGUGCGCCCGCCCACUCUUGCUCUCUAAAUUUUUUGUUGUUAGCAGCGAACAUAGUGUUGCGCUCGCUCGCUCCGCCCGGACACCCGGACGUCCGGACGUCCGGCAGCCGGACGCCGAACGGCCGCGCAUCCGGAC